AUGUCUGCCAACUUGGACAAAGCCCUAGACGAAAUUAUCGACUCCCAGAAGAAGCCGGUGCGCAGGCCUAACAAGAAUGCCCCCAGAAAGGUGGCCAAGAGCGUGACGGCCGGCCGGCGGCGCGGACCAGCUGCGGGUGUGCGGAAGAGCGUUCCCGUGGAGCGCGCAACCAGCAUGCUGGAAGCCGCAUACGCAACGAAAGUCAACGUGGAGGGGCUGCCUAGAGACAUUAAGGAGGACGCUGUCAGAGAUUUCUUUAGAAGUAGUGUUGGAGGCUUGCAGAGAGUUCUGCUAAGCUACAACGAGCGCGGGAACUCGACCGGUAUGGCGACGCUCACGUUUGCCAACGCCGAGAAGGCGCGCGAGGCGGUCAAGAAGUUCAACGGCGCCCCCAUCGAUGGCGGCAAGUCCCGCUUGCGCUUGAACCUCAUUGUCGACCCCACGCGCAAGCCCCUGGCCGCCCGUAUUGCUCCUGUCGCCAAGGGCCCCGAGAGAUCGCUGCGUGUCGCCAGGCCAGACCCCGCUGUCAGGCGCGACACCCGCGCGCCCACCAAGAAGGCCGUCGCCGCGAAGGCCCAGAAGAGAAAGCCCAAGCCUCAGAAAAAGUCGUUGGAGCAGCUCGACCAGGAGAUGGCCGACUACUUCGACGAGGCCAAGAAGUAG